GGUUAACAACAACAACAACAACAACUUGUACAAUAAUGUCGAAAAAAGAUUGGAAAUUUGAUAUAAAUGAACAUAUUCGUUAUCAUCUAAAGAAGCCAAGAUUAAAAGAUUUAUCGUGGACGCUUGUAUCUGCUGCAGGCUGUCGACUUACCAUUUAUUUUAUGAGUAAACUUGUAGGCAAUGUCUUGAACAGAACAGGAGUACACAAUUUGGGGACAUUUCAUGACACCAUGGAAAACAGAAAUGGGCGGGGUCUAAUAACAGUUGCCAACCAUACCUCGCGUCUCGAUGACCCACUUAUGUUCAGUGUUCUACGAUGGAAUGAUAUCAAGUUGCCGAGAUUGCGAUGGUCAACAGCGGCAGAGGAUGUCUGCUUUAAAAGCAGAUGGGAGUCUGCGUUUAUGGCCCUGGGCAAAGUGCUUCCAGUGACGAGAGGGGCCGGAGUCAUGCAGAGGUCAAUGGACUUUUGUGUUAAGGAGCUCAUGGAGGGGAAGUGGGUCCAUAUGUUUCCUGAAGGAAAAAUUAACUUGGAACAGAAACCAAUAAGAUUAAAAUGGGGGGUUGGGAGACUGAUCGUUGAGCCAAGUGUGACACCACUAGUCCUGCUGAUACACCACGUGGGAUUCGAGAAAGUUUUUCCCAAUGGAGGACCGUUGUUUCCGAGAUUGGGACAGAAGACCUCAAUCUAUUUCAGUGAGAAGCUAGACUUUACCAAAGAGGUGGAACAAAUGAGAUCCCUGAUGAAGACUCCGGACGAGAUGCGCAAGAUAAUGACUGACGUCAUCCAGGCAGAAAUGGCCGUACUGAAGCUACGAGCCGAGCAAUUUCAUAAACAGUAUUGGACAACAGCGGAGGAGGACAAGAACAGAUAGCAGACAGCCACUGUUUGCCUUUUGUAUGACACUGAAAGAAUUAAUCUGGGAAAUAAAAACAUUGGAUGUCAGGGUUUCCUAUCAGCUGUAAAAAGUUGUUGCCAUUUACUUAUGCUAAAUUCAAAAAGGUGUCGCCAAACUGGGGAUUCAUGUUAUGACGUUAAUAAUGCUAAAUUCCAAUAAUAACAAUACUGCAGAUAUGUACAGGUAACAUCAAAGCAGAAUUUAUGACCUUAAUAUUUGAGCACUUAUUGAUUAUUCUGACUGUAUGACUUUUCAUAUAUCAUAUUACUGUUAUAAUGAUAAUGUGCAGUUAAUUAAUCAAAAUUCACUUGAAUAUCUCAAUGAAGGAGUGUUUAUGGUCAGUUAUAAAUGGGUUUUGCAAAAAUGUCCAUGUGUGAUAUAUUUUUGCUAAAAUUACAUAAUUUAUUACCGGUUGAAUAGUGACAUUUGUUUGAGCUAUGUGUGGGAAAAUGGGGCUUAAUGCAUGUACAUAAUGUCAUUCCAGAUUAGUCUUUGCAUCCACUCAGGCUGAUCAGAAAAAAGACACUGGAUUUUCUCUAAAAAUGACUUCCUUUUAACGAAAAAAACUAUUCAAGCUGACAGUGCCUUAAGCCCUAUUAUCCUAUUAUCCUAAAAUGCCCAUGCAUUAAGCCCUAUUAUCCUAUUAUUCCCAUGCAUUAAGCCCUAUUAUCCUAUAAUGCCCAUGCAUUAAGCCCAAUUUUAUCCCAUCAUCAGACGUGCAUUGUCAAAAUAAACCACUGUGGAAUAAAUUUUCCUCUAUUUCGGCAGUGCUGAAAUAUAGCUGUCACGCGUGGCGGAGAUUGGUUAUAUUACUCGGAAUCAACUAUAAAGUAAUCAUUUUUAGUAAAAUCGAAUCAGAUUCAACAAAACAAACAAUUUGAUACCAAGAUGUUAUAUAUUUUUAAAAGAUAAUGCAACUGAACAAGCAUAAAAAUCAUUAUUUACAAAUAUUAAGUCCGCGCACUCGUGACGUCAUUAUUAACACGUCAUACGACACAAUGCAUGUUCUUUAACGCUAAAGCUGCAGUUGUUUAGUGUGUUUUUUUCAUUAUUUCUUAAUAAUCGGGGACGUAGAGGUAUGAUAAACAGAAAAACAGGUUACUUACUGAUCUUUUUGUAAUGUAUUAGGCUCGGCACGAUUAAAAUAAUGAAACAAUGUUUGCUUAAAAUAACUUUGGAAUUUUCGGUGUAGUUCGAUUUUCCUAUUCUAUUUUUAAAGAAAUAAUUUACGACUAAGAAAAUUGAUGGGAUAAAUCGAAUACUAGGUCGGUGACGAAUAAACCGACGAAUAAAGCAAAGUUUAUUUUGCUCGGAACAAAAAUCUGAACCACUCGCCAAGGCUCGUGGUUCAGAUUUUCUAAGCCUCGCAAAAUAAACUUUGCUUUAUUCGGCACCGACCUAGUAUUCUCUUUAUCCCAGAGCAAGGCUCUGUUAUGUGCAUAUCAUGUAGAUAGCAAAGUUAGCAGACACUGUGCUGUGUGUCUGACACAGAUGCAGAAUAUCUAGGAAUUUAUUAUUGAAACUCAUUUUUAGUAAUUGUCCAAAAAGUGAGACAUUAAUAACCUAAUGAUUGGUAAAUAUAGCAUACUGGGGUACGCAUUUGUAAUCUUUGAAUCAACGUAAGUAGUAAUUGAGAAAUUAAUUUCUUAAUGAUUGGAACAUAUGACAUAUGUAUUUUUAAUUUUUAAAUGUGUACAUCAACAUCUCAACAGCAAGUGCAACAGGGAAAAUACGAUUUAUUAAUCUGAGAGUGUAUUACCUAAUGGGUGGAGCUGCUUACCUGUAUUAUUAACCCUUUCCAACUCAGAGGCAAAGUGAAAAUGGUAACUCACAGUCUGUUCAGGUUUUAUGCUGCUUGCUGCUCAUGCUUUAAAAUUUGAAUCGAGUAAGUCUUUUAUUAAAUUUAACUGUCUUAGCGACUUCAAACAUGUCAAAAUACGUAUCUAAGUGGUAAAGGGUUAAAACCUAUAUGUAAGGGCCCAGAGAGACAAGUUUACCCUUGGGGUAAUUUAAAUUUAAACAGUCCCCAGAACUCUAUAUGUACACAACAUUUGUUUAUUAAACCCCCACAAACAAAGUUUAGGGGGGUAUAUAGGAGUGAACUUGUCUGUCGGUCGGUCUGUCUGUUGGUCUGUAUUAAGUGUCCGCUCUCUAAUUCAAUUAGUUUUUAUCCUAUCUUCACCAAACUUGGUCAGAAGUUGUACCUACAUGAUGUCUAGGCCAAGUUCGAACAUGGGCCUUACUGGGUCAAAAACUCGGUCACGGGGUCACUUACCGGUAAUGCGUUUUAAACAUUCAGCAUGUUGUCCGCUCUCUAAUUCAAGUAGUUUUCAUCCGAUCUUUACCAAACAUGGUCAGAAGUUGUAUCUAGAUGAUGUCUAGGCCAAGUUCGAACAUGGGCCUUGCCGGGUCAAAAACUAGGUCAUGGGGUCACCUAGUGCGUUUUAAACAUUCAUCAUGUUUUCCGCUCUCUAAUUCAAGUACCGUAAUAACUCUAUGUUUUCGGACACUCUAAGUUUUCGGACACCCUUUUUUUUAGCAAAAGUAAUAAUUGUUGUGACUUAAUUUUGGGACACGCAAGUAAUUGUUCAUAAUUUUUGUCUCUAAGUUUUCGGACAGUAUAUUUUACAGCGCUAUUUUACCAAAUAUCGGUCAUGUUUUCGAUAUCUUAUGACACUUUUAUCAUGGGGGUUUACAAUCAGAUUAACAUCAUAAAACAUGACAGGUGCAUGCCUGAGGGAAACGGACCAUUACAUUUGCGUUAUUGGGUAAAUAACCUUGUAAACCGGUAUUAGACAAUGGUUUCGCCCGAUAGCAUAAGCGUUAUGACAAUUACCAGGGGAAGUGCCAAUUAACAGUUCAAAUAUCUACCGCAAUAGUACUACCCCUUCUCAGUAAAAUAACUGUGAUAAAUACUAAAAGCUCCAAAGUGUGAUGCACCCUUUUGCAAGUUUUACGAACAAUGGAAGGUGUUAGACAACAACUAUCUGAAAUCAACAAACAAAGAAUUCAUAGUUUGCUUUUUUUUGCGUUAAUUACAGGUUAAUACUAGCGAGUAUCGGUACAUCACAUGCUCAUCUUUGAACUGGUUGGUCAAAGUACAACCUUGUAGUAACUUUCUGUCAAAUAAAUUAGGCAUUUAAAAUUAUUUAAAAUGCAGUGCAAACACAUAUAAUUGUAAUUUAUACUGAACGGCAUGGUAUUUUACACCGCGUGCUAUUACCGGUAGUCGUUGAUACAAUUGACUCUAUUUUCUGACGCUUCAAUUUUCGACUCUAAGUUUUCGGACACCUGUAUUUUGUGAAUAUUUUUCGUAUCUAAGUUUUCGGACACGAACAAAAUUAAUUAUUUUUAAGUGUCCGAAAACAUAGAGUAAUUAUGGUAGUUUUCAUCCGAUCUUCACCAAACUUGGUCAGAAGUUGUAUCUAUAUGAUGUCUAGGCCAAGUUUGAACAUGGGCCUUGCGGGGUCAAAAACUAGGUCACGGGGUCAAUACGUGCGUUUUUUAACAUUCAGCAUGGUGUCCUCUCUCUUAUUCAAGUAGUUUUCAUCCGAUCUUCACCAAACUUGGUCAGAAGUUUUAUCUAGAUGAUCUAAAGGCCAAGUUCGAAUAUGGGCCAUGCCAGAUCAAAAACUAGGUCACAGGGUCACUUAAUACGUUUUACACAUUGAGCAUGGUGUCCGCUCUCUUUAUCAAGUAGUUUAAAUCCGAUCUUAACCACACUUGGUCAGAAGUUGUAACUAGAUGAUGUGAAGGUCAAGUUUGAACAUGGGCCAUGCUGGAUAAAAAACUAGGUCACGGGUCACUUAGUAUGUUUUAAACCUCAUCAUAUUGUCCGCUCUCUAAUUCAAGUAGUUUUAAUCCAAUCUUAACCAAAAUUGGUCAGAAGUUGUAUCUUGAUAAUGUCUAGGGCAUGUGUGAAUAUGGGUCAUGCCGGGUCAAAAACAAGGUCACGGGGUCACUUAGUGCGUUUUCAACAUCACAAUGUUGUCAGCUCUCUAAUUCAAGUAGUUUUCAUCCAAUCUUCACCAAACUUGGUCAGAAGUUGUAUCUAGAUGAUGUCUAGGUCAAGUAUGAAUAUGGGUCAUGGGGUCACUUAGUGCGUUUUCAAAAUUGAGCAUGGUGUCCGCUGUUUUAAGUGAAGACGACAUGCAAAAUAUUAUGUGACAAAGCUCUAGUUUCUUGUUGAUCCAACUAGGUCUCUUGCGACUGAUAGAAUUAAUGAGAUGAGGGUUAACUUAAAUAAUCUCUCUUAAUGUUAUCAAGUCAUUGAACAUUGAUUAUUGUAGUGUGGUAUAUUUGUUGGGAAUAAUUUACUUAGAAGUGAAAAAAGCAUGCAAAUUUAAGUUAAUAUUUUUUUUAUGAAAUGUGAAUGUUUUACAAAAUAUUAAUAUAACCUGUCUUAAAAAUUGCAUAAUUAUUAUGGUUUAUUUUUUUAUUUUCUCUAAUGUUUUCAAUCACCUCGCUGUUUGGCAACUGUGAUAUGCAUUCUGGGUCAUUAGUUUCUUAGAAUAUAUGUUUUGUUUCCAGGGAACACUUAAGUGGAAGUGUACCUACACCAGUCUUCACGCUAAAUAUUUUAGCCAAAUAGCCCUUCAGGCUAAUCAGAUGGAAUUUGAAUAGCCCGAAGACAUGUUCAAUAGCCCGAAGACAUGUUCAAUAGCCCGAAGAGUUCAAUAUAAAUGUUAUGACUUUUUUGGCCAGGAACACCAAAAUAGUUAACAAUCAGAAAAUCUACUUCCAUUAGUAAAAACAGAUAAAUGUGAUUACAGUAAUCAAGGGUAUUCUGUUUCCUUUUGAAAUGUAUUUUAUACAAAAUGCACCAGAUAAUUAUGCUGUUUAUUGUAACUUUAUUAUAACAAAUGUUCUCAUUCAAUGAUUCAAUUAAUCAGUUU